UGGGAACUUUCAGACGUACCACACUGUGGCAGAACAUUUCACUGAGCAUUCGAAGCAAUGGCUGUUGUAAGCGGAACCUUCCGGAUGGUGUCAGAGGAGGAACAGGCCCUUAGAGCCAAACUGGAGCACCUGACAGUCAAAGAUCAUGGGUCGGUGUUUGGGGCCUGUGCCAAGUUACCCGAUCACACAGUGCAAAAGGCUAAAGAUGAGUUAAAUGAAACAAGCGAGAAGCGUGUGUCAGCCGUCAAGGAACUCAGGGGUAUUAUAAAAGAGAAGGCAGACUCUGGGGACGACAUCGCCAAGGGUGUUAAAGACACCUUUGGAGACAAACCCGAUGCUGUGCUGGUGCGGUUCAUCCGCGCAAGAAAAUAUGAAGUACAAAGGGCCUACGAGCUAAUGAAGGGUUACGUGCGCUUCAGGCGAGACUAUCCUGAGCUGUUUGAGAACCUGACCCCAGAGGCUGUGCGCAGUACCAUUGAGGCUGGUUACCCAGGGAUCCUGUCAAGAAGAGACAAAUACGGCCGUGUGGUGCUGCUCUUCAACAUUGAGAACUGGGACUAUGAGGAGAUCACAUUUGAUGAGAUCCUCAGAGCUUAUUGUGUGAUCCUGGAGAAGCUUCUGGAAAAUGAGGAAACCCAGAUCAAUGGGUUUUGCAUAAUUGAGAACUUCAAGGGCUUCACCAUGCAGCAAGCUUCAGGCAUCAAGCCCACAGAGCUGAAGAAAAUGGUGGAUAUGUUGCAGGAUUCUUUUCCAGCCCGUUUUAAAGCAGUGCACUUUAUCCACCAGCCCUGGUAUUUUACCACCACUUACAAUGUGGUCAAACCCCUAAUGAAGAGCAAACUGCUGGAAAGGGUGUUUGUCCAUGGCGAUGACAUGGAAAACUAUUUCAAGGAGUUUGAUGCUGAAAUCCUGCCUUCAGAAUUUGAAGGGAACGGCUCGAAAUAUGACGGCAAGGCCACAGCGGCAAAACUGUUUGACUAAGUUUGCUUUCCAUCAACGUACAUGUCUGUCAUUUUAGUUAUGUUGUAUUACAGAAUCAUUGAAUGUGUUGGUGUUCUUGAGAUUGAACUCAGCAUAAUAGUGAACCUUUUCCAGGCCAGACGGCCAACCUCAUUGGACAAAUGCAGAGAUGUCAAAGAGGAAUGCAGAAUUAAAUACGGGCAUCUGGUCUUUAUGAUACGAGCAGUGUUUGUCAUUCUUUGUUAAUCUUGGGCAGGGCCCUGGUUUCAGAUUAACCACAAAAUAUUGAAAUUAUAUUUGAAAAAUGUCAAUCUCUGGCAGAGGACAGACCUUUCUGUUAUUUAAUUUGAAAAAUAUAAAAGUUUAAGGCGGUGGAAUGAGAAAAUUUCUUUGGAUAUGAAGAAAAUAACAGAUUUAUGAAGUGCGUACUUAUAAUUGUAUUACAUUAUAAUGUAUUCUUUUAAGAAUAAAUAAAUAAAGA